AAGGAAUCAGGAAUGGCUCUUUCUGAGGGUCAGUUGACAUUGAAUGAUGUGGUCAUCGAAUUCUCUCAGGAGGAGUGGGAAUGCCUGGACCCUGCUCAGAGGGCCUUGUACAGGGACGUGAUGUUGGAGACCUACAGGAACCUGAUCUUUGUGGAUAUCUCUCAUAUACAUGUGACCAAGAAAUUACAACUAAAGUCAAACACUGAUAAAGGUGGAGUAUUCCAAACAUUGAUGUUGGAAAGACAUGAAAGCCAGGGAAUCAAACAUUUUUACCUCCCGGAAAUUCAGGAAAAUACCUAUGACCAUGGUUUUCAGUGGAGAGAUGAUGGAAGAAGUUACAGAAAUAUCCCCAUAUCCUGUCACCAAUAUGUCACUGAUAGAAGUCCACAUGGUGGAAGGGAUGCAAAAAACAAGCCUAUUGGAAAUAGACUUGUGUUAAGCCUUCAGGAUGAACUGCACAUGUUUAAAAGUAAACAGAAAACUGAUGAAUUUAAUAAAGCUGUUAAGGGUAUCAGCAGUAGUUCCUCAUUUUCACCACUUCAAGGAAUUUCUCCUCCUGUCCAAAACAACAUUUCUAACAGAUAUGGGAAUGAUUUUAUGCAUCCUUCAAUACUGACACAAGACCAGAGCCCACACAGGGAAGUACCUUACAAGUGUAAUGAGUGUGGCAAAACCUUUCAUCAGGUCUCAAAUCUCAGGAGUCAUCAGAGAAUCCAUAUAGGAAAGAAACUGCAUAAAUGUGAUGUAUGUGACAAGGUCUUUUGCCGAAAUUCAUACCUUGUAAUUCAUCAAAGAGUUCAUAGUGGAGAGAAACCUUACAAGUGUAAUGAGUGUGGAAAGGUCUUUGAUAAGAAAGGAAGUCUUGCAGUUCACCAGAGAAUUCAUACUGGAGAGAAGCCUUACAAAUGCAAUGAGUGUGGCAGAACCUUUCCUAAGAAUCUAUCCCUUCAACGUCAUCAGGGAAUUCAUACUGGAGAGAAAACUUACAAAUGUAGUUUUUGUGGGAAAACCUUUCUUUUCUAUGGUCAAAAUUCAUAUCUUAAAUGUCACCAGAGAAUUCAUACUGGAGAGAAACCUUACAAAUGUAAUUUGUGUGGGAAAACCUUUUUUUUUAAAACAGGCCUCAGGAAACAUGAGAUAAUCCAUACAGGAGCAAAACCAUAUAAAUGUGAUGUAUGUGGCAAAGUCUUUAAUCAAAAAUCAGUCCUUGUGAAUCAUCAGAGAAUUCAUACUGGAGAGAAACCUCACAAAUGUAAUGAGUGUGGCAAGUUCUUUCGUGAGAAGCAGACCCUUAGAAGGCAUCAACAAGUUCAUACUGGAGAGAAACCUUACAAAUGUAAUGAGUGUGGCAAGGCUUUUAGUAUGAAAGGAAACCUUGCAGCUCAUCAGAGAAUUCAUACUGAAGAAAAACCUUACAAAUGUAACAGCUGUGGCAAAGUCUUUCGUGAGAAGCCAGCUCUUAGAAGGCAUCAACGAAUUCAUACUGGCGAGAAACCUUACAAAUGUAAUGAGUGUGUCAGAGCCUUUCGUGAGAAGCCAGCCCUUAGGAGGCAUCAACGAAUUCAUACUGGAGAGAAACCUUACAAAUGUAAUGAGUGUGGCAGAGCCUUUCAUGAGAAGCCAGCCCUUAGAAGGCAUCAACGAAUUCAUACUGGAGAGAAACCUUACAAAUGUAAUGAGUGUGGCAAAGCCUUUAGUCAAAGUUCAACCCUAUCAAGUCAUUGGAGAUUACAUACUACAGGUAAACCUUACAAAUGUAAUGUGUGUGAUAAAGUGUUUAAUCACAGCUCGAAUCUUAGAACACAUCAGUUAAUCCAUACAGGAGCAAAACCAUACAAAUGUGAUGUAUGUGGCAGAGUGUUUAAUCGAAAUUCAAUCCUUGCACUUCAUCAGAGAAUUCAUACUGGAGAGAAACCUUUCAAAUGUAACGAGUGUGGGAAGGUCUUUGGCCGAAAGGGAACCCUUGUAAGUCAUCGGAGAAUUCAUACUGGAGAGAAACCUUACAAAUGUAAUGAGUGUGGUAAAACGUUUUAUCACAGCUCAAUCCUCACUCGACAUCAGAUAAUCCAUAAAGGAGUGAAAUUAUAUAAAUGUGAUGUAUGUGGCAAAGUUUAUAGUCGAAAUUCAAAUCUUGCAGUUCAUCAGAGAACUCAUACUGGAGAGAAGCCUUACAAAUGUAAUGAGUGUGGCCAGGCCUUUAGUCAAAAAGCAGCGCUUGCAUGUCAUCAGGCAAUUCAUACUGGAGAGGACCCUUACAAAUGUAAUGUGUGUGGCAAAAUCUUUCAGCAUAGCUCGAACCUCAGGAAACAUCAGGUAAUUCAUAAAGGAGGAAAAUUAUAUAAAUGUGAUGUGUGUGGCAGAGUCUUCAGUCAAAGUUCAUACCUUGCAAAACAUCAUAGAAUUCAUUCUGGAGAGAAACCUUACAAACGUAAUGACUGUGGUAAGGUCUUUAUUAAAAAAGCAGUCCUUGCUGUUCAUCAGAGAAUUCAUACUGGAGAGGAACCUUACAAAUGUGAUGAGUGUGGCAAAGUCUUUAGUCAAAAAGCAUCCCUUGCAACUCAUCAGAGGAUUCAUACUGGAGAGAAACCUUACAAAUGUAAUGAGUGUGGCAAAACCUUUAACAAUAAGUCAGCCCUCAGUCGACAUCAGGUCAUCCAUACAGGAGCAAAACCAUAUAAAUGUGAUUUUUGUGGCAAAGGCUUUUGUAGUAAUUCACACCUUGCAGGUCAUAAGAGAAUUCAUACUCUAGAGAGCCCUUAUAAAUGUAAUAUCUGUGGCAAGGUCUUUACUCAAAAUUCAUACAUCAGGAUUCAUCAGAGGAUUCAUACUGGAGAGAAACCUUACAAGUGUAAUGAGUGUGGCAAAACCUUUCAUCGGAGCUCAACCCUCACUCGACAUCAGAUAAUCCAUAAAGGAGGGAAAUUAUAUGAAUGUCAUAUAUGUGGCAAAGUUUAUAGUCGAAAUUCAUUCCUUGCAAUUCAUCAGAGAGAUCAUAUUGGAGAGAAACCUUACAUAUGUAAUGAGUGUGGCAAGACCUUUAAUUACAGAUCGAAACUCAGUAGACAUCAGUUAAUCCAUACAGAAAAGAAAUUAUAUAAGUGUGAU